AUGCAGGAUCCAGGCAAGGGCCACCCCCUGUCGCCGAACCCCCAGCUCAUUCGCACUUCCACUUUGGAAGAGCAAAGACGAACGGUCUGCCCGUCUGCUUCACCACGCAGUUUUGUGUCGGCGAAGAAUAUCCACAGAGCACAAAGAAAAUGGUAG